AUGCUCCGUGAAGAGCUGCUACAAUCCAAGCACGAUGAGAUCGCACGUUGUUUGUUGUCGCGGAAGCGCAAAUUGAGCGAGCUCUACUUUGCGACCGUGGGGUUUCCUGAUGCGACCGAUGGUUCCCUCCAACACAUUCAGUACAGGCAGAACGAACAAGAAUUCCUCGACGCCAACGAUAUAACAAAAGGACGUUCCUUCGAUGAAGGCACUCUCCCACGCCGACUGGAUGUCGCACCCCUCCAUAUCUCCCCAACGAACGAAACACUCAGUCAUGGAUCUCUAAGUGCAGAUGCAGGUUGCUAUACGGAUGCCCACAACCAUCAACCCGUCCCAUCGCCAACUGGGAUCGCAGUAUCGUCGCCAGGGUUGCCUUCAACAGGUCGCUAUGACGCCCUGGACUCCGAAGAUAGCUCGGGACCCCUGGAUCGAACUUGCGAUGGCAAGACAGAAUCCACCACGAUCCAAGCCGGCUCUGAAGGAUUGGCUCUAUCCCAAACAAUACCUAACGCUUCUCACGAGGUCACACGUCAGAAGGAGGUCUCUUCACCCGCUUCUACUUUCCAAAUUGUCCCCGCGACUGCAACACCCUUGACCGACGUUGAUAUGGAUGAAUCCCCCGAAAGCAAGGAUAUUGCUCAUACUGUCAAGAUUCCCGUUAUGCAAAGCACCUCGGCCCCGAGUCCUGGGAAAAACGUGGCUAAGAUCCAAGAGAAUGCUACGGGUGCGUCGCUGUCCAUUCUGGAAGCCCCUGAAUCUCAAAUUGGGAAUCAUACUGUCCAUACACCUUGUUUAGCCACCGAUAUGUCCCCGAAAAGUACUGACCAUCCUUUGUCUCCAGCUUCUUCCCGUGGUCAAUUAUCUAGUACCACGUCUGUGUCAGAUAGAUCUCCUGUUACCAGUCCCGCAAAGGAUCAGCACCCCAGACUACAAAAUGAAGCCCCAACCCCUCCUCAAAGUCAAGAAAGUGCCGCUGUUCCCAUGGGCAUAACAACGAUCCCAGUUACUCAGAGGGCUCCAGCCACCCCGGAUGAGCAGUUGAAAUUUGAAGCUGCACAAUCCACCCUGCAACAAGCUGUAUCAACGGAACAACCACCUAAAAACCCACCAUCCCGUGACUCUGCCUUUUCAUCUUUUCAACUUACCCCAGAGAACUCCUUCUCCUCAUCUAGGAAACCAUCAGAUGGGCAGAAUGGAACCGACCUUUCUAAACAGCCACAAUCCUCAACCCAUCCAGAGAGUCGUUCCCUCAUCAAUGGCACACUGCGGGUUGAUACAACUAAGGUUAUAUCAGAGACAGUGCCCAAGGCCGGCGAACCCCGCUCAGCGCCAACGGAAGUUUCCCAGCAAGAACGUGGAAAUGGUUCACCGUUUCUGACUACAAGCCGCAAGGCCUCGGCUCCAAUCGUAUCUACGACGUCACAUUUCCAGCCAGAACGUAUGACAACCAGAGUCUCUUCAGGGGCAAUCCGCCACAGGUCCGUCUCUGAAAUUCUUGGAGAAACUCCUAAGUCGACUGUAGAUAGGUCCUCGGAUAAGGUUGUGUCGGAGUCAUCAUCUGCGGGAUCCGAGAGUUUACAAGCCCGAAACCGUUUCAAGGACAGAAAGGAAACUCAAAAGGAGCGAAGCAAACUCUCGACUGUAGUUUUCCCCAAGCAACAGUCUGGUGAUAAGCACGAGGCUGCCUACUUGAUUCGCUCUCCUUCAGGAUACACAACAUCCCUUAACGAAGAAAAGGACUACCUCUUUACUCUUUUCCAGGCCAAAGCACACUAUCCACCUCGAAGCAUGCACCUUAACUCCCUGCUCUCCACCGCCCACAAGACCCUUACAACCGCCAACCACUUCGUUGAAUAUCAGGAGCAAAUGGACUGUCGCUCAUUAAAAAGAAUAUACCAACUUCAGCACGCCAACCGCUGGCCACUUCGCCAAUUGCAACGGUCUGCAGAACCUGAGCGCUCAGGUACACACUGGGAUGUUCUGCUGGAUCAUAUGAAAUGGAUGCGUACGGAUUUCAGAGAAGAGAGGAAAUGGAAAAUUGCUGCCGCUAAGAGAUGUGCGGAUUGGUGCGCGGAAUACGCUACAGGUGGAAAGGAACGUAGGGCUGAACUGCGUGUACCGGCCCGAGUUCCUCUAGCCAUUGAUAAAAUUGCCGGAGUUAGUGACGAUAAGGCGAUCCAAUCGUCUCAGGGUGACGGAGGCGAUGACAGUCUACCCCAUUCUCAACCUACGCCUGAUUUAAUCUCAUCUGUGGAAGAUGAUUCUGUCAGCGAAGGUUUCAACGAUGACGUGCACCCUGACAUGUCCGAAGGCGUUGUUCCCGCGGCUAUAUUCUCGCUUGGCUCGGACGAAUUUACAUUCGGGAUGGAAAGGACUCCUGCAUUUGAAAAGAUUCUAGAUGAGCUUCCGCUCUAUACUCCUAUGAGUAUCUCACCAGAAACCAAUUUACCGUUCUUUAAAUGCCCUCCAGACUCGUCAUGGCGAAAGGAGUUACUUCCCGUUUCCAAAUACGCCACGGGGAAACUUGAAUUUACCAGCAAGCAACCUCCUCGCAAACGAAGCCGUUAUGAUUAUGCCAGUAAUGUUGAUGAUAUCGACGUUGAGCCCGUUGACGUUCUGCCCGAACAAACUAAUGUUGCCCUUUUCCAACCUCAAAAUAGACAUAUACGUGACCGUAUCCAUCCGGGGCAGGUAUUCAGACCUCCCACAGAGUCACCCAUGCCAUCGCUAGGAUUUUAUGAGUCACGGCAGCCUUCUCAAUGGACCUACGCUGAAGAAGAUGAGCUUAAGAGGAUUGUAAAGGAAUAUUCGUUCAACUGGUCGCUUAUUUCGUCCUGCUUGAGUUCUCCGUCGUUAUAUACGUCUGGUGCGGAUAGACGAACUCCUUGGGAAUGCUUUGAAAAGUGGGUUCAGUUGGAAAGCCUACCGACUGAGAUGUUGAAAACUCCGUAUUUUAGAGCAUAUACGUCGAGAGUGGAAUCUGCACAGCGAACUGUUCUUGCUGCCCAGCAGCAACAGCAACAACAGCAGCAAGCACAGGCGCAGUCGCAGCAACAGGGUAAUAAUCCACCGCCAACACCAACAGCAAUUCUUCGGAGACGGCCCACCACGCCGAUGAGAGUGGAACGGAAGCGGUCCUCCAGACACCUGGCACUCCUUGAUGGCAUGAGGAAGCUAUCUAAGAAACGCGAGACGUUGCUUCAAAAGCAGCAACAUGCGUCUCACCUGGCAGCUUCACGCAAGAUUACCGAAGCAAAUCAGCCGCGACCUCCAAUCUCAACACCAGCAGAAUUCAGUCGCUUGAAGCAUGAACGGGAGCUAAAGAUCCAAGAGAGUCAGGAGCAAUAUAAGCAGGCAAUGCUGGCACAACGAUUGGCGAUGACACAGCGUGUUGCACAGCAGCAGGCGGCACAACAGCAAGCACAGCUUCAGCAACACCGACAAAUGCCAAAUCAGCAAGCUAUACCCAACGGAGUGCCCCCCCGUACCACUGCUAGUGCGCCUCCGAACGGUGUUCUGCAAGCAAUGGCUCCACCUGCUAGCACUGGCAUUCCCAAUGGCGUGCCUGUUGGUGUAGCGAUAGCUCAAUCCCGCGCUCAUCCUGGUAUGCAGAUGCCAAAUGGAAAUGCAGUCAAUGGCAUGCCGAAUACUGGGAUACUGAAAAUGAUACCGCAACCUGGUAUUCCGCAGCAAAUGAAUGGGCGUCCAGGUAUUCCUACUCAAGCUUCUCCCGAUAAUGCGCGCAUCAUCCGUGAAGCCAAUCGUGUUCAGGAAGAACAGCAGCGAAUGGUUCAAUCACGGCAGCAACAGCUUCAAAACCAGCAACAGUCAUUCAUUCCCCCUCAAGGAAACCAUUCCUCCCCAAAUAUGAACAUGGCCACUAUGAACACAAACCCGAACAACGCUACAAUGCUAGCGUUCCAAGCAGCCGCAAGCGGCGUUGGCAGUCCCUCCUUCCAUACCCCUUCUCUCUCCCAGGGCGUCUCCAGCGCCUCCCCCCGCCUCAACCAUGUCAACCCGCUCGUUAAUGCUGGUGGAAUCCCUACUCUAUCCAGCAUACAAAACUCCAUCCAGCGGAGCAACCCCAACAUGACACCUGAGCAGGUCAACAAGCUCGCCACCGAGCGACUCCACCACAUUCAACAACAGCGCAUGUCACAGGUGGCCAUGAACGCUGCAGCAGGCAAUAUGGGCUCCAUGCAAACCAGUUACCAAAUGCACCAUGAUGCAAAUAUGCAUCAACUGCCUCAUACAGGUAUGCCAAAUGGCGCGGGCUCUGCAUUGCAAACUUCACAGACGCAGGGGUACUCGCCGCUUAUGCGAGUGGCUCAACCGGGCCAGCCGAAUCGGAUGGGUGUAAAUGUUAACGGAUCACCGGCGAUGAAUGCUGCCUUGGCUGCGCAACAGGGUCGAAGUGCGACGGCACAGGCUCACCGGAGUGUAAGUGGUCAAGGUGGGCCGGGACAAGUUCCUGGUCCUGGUCCUGGUUCCGGUCCCGGUCCUGGUUCUGGGAAAAGUCCACGACCUCCGCAGGUGCAGAUGGCGUCUAGUUAA